AUGGCCACGGUCAUUGGGCCCACUCCUCCUGGAACAGGUGUAAUUUUGGAGGCCUUAUCUUUGCACGAGUCGAAAUCCACGUCUCCGCACAUUCUCUGGCCGGAUUUUUUCGUCUCGUCCUUCACCGUUGGUGAUGCGUUCCUCGUCCAGAUGCGGAGGAAGAGGCAGUUGGACCAGGAUUCCGUGAACUUUGGCGUCCGCGUUCAAGGACGAGAUCAGAUCGAGCAGAUCGGACUCGGACACGGUGUCUGGGAGCUUCUGCAACGACCCGUCGAUGCCCACUUCCUGACACGACUUGAGCUUCAUCUUGACGUAGGUGGACGAGUCUGGGCGCUCUCCAACCUGGACAAUGACAAGUUUGGGGAGAAAAGCAGGGUCUUGCUGCUUCAAGGAGACGAUCUCUGCGGCGAUCGAGUCGCGCAGCUCUUUACUGAUGGUUUUCCCGUCAAUAAUGGCCAUAUUUUUGGUUGGACUGAUUUUUCCACGUGA